CUUUCUUUCUUUCUUUCGCCGAUCGGUUUUAUUACCGAAUCCAUCGCAACCGCGGAAGAUCUAUUUCAGCUGUAGGUCCGCGUCUGGAGAUCAUGAUUUUCAUCGUUUCUCUCGUGUAGCUCCAGUGGUUCUUUCUCCUCGUGCAACAUCACCACGUCGUUGCGGGAAGGAUCUUUGCGCACGACAUUUUUGCUUUCAGGUGUUCUUUUUGAAACAGCUUGGACAUUCCGUUCGACCACGAGGGAUGGUCCUGUUUGUUUCUAUAGAAGUUUCAACAUCUAAGAGCCUACCACGACUUUGUGGCAACUGAAAAAGUAGAUGCAGCAGCACGCACUGCAAUGAGAUGCUCUACGCGAAGAAGGCGUUGGCUUGCCGCUGGUGCCAGGGUACUAGACCUCCAAAUUUCGUCCGUAAUAUCCGAUUGCAACAAGGGCAAACCUCCGUUCCCUCUUCGUUUCCCUCGUCAGUCUCAUUGCAACAAGGGCAAGUCUCCUUCCGCAAGCGAAGCUAUGUGUCCGUCGCGCGCGAGACCUUUUUCACGCAGCGGAAGCACCAGAAGCACUGUCCGAGGUGCGGAAAGCCGAACCUGUUGCAGCUCGAGCGGUGUAACUUCUGCAACACGGAAAUGCCCGACGACGUUUCUAUUGCCGACGCGAAGCCCUUAUCAAAUGUAAAAAUGUCUGGGUCUGGAAGAAUCCAAGAUUUGCGAUGCAGGUUUUCCAUGACCCAUGGGGUCUGGAAUGCGAGACCCAGCAUGACAGAUUCUUUGAGGUCUCUAUCAUGCCGCUCCUGCAUGAGAAACUCCCUCUCAACUUGGUCAAAAGCGGACAGCAUUUGGCACUCACGCAACACAGAUUUUUGCAUCAUUUAGAUUUAGCAUGACAAGUUCUAAUCUUCCAGACCCAGACAUUUUUACAUUUGAUAGCCCUGCGACCUGGUGGAGGCCGUACUGACGCACCGCUAUCACGGCCGCCCCGUGUUGGACCUAUGCCUUGCAAUAGUGCGUUUGGGUCUGGAAAGAUGCAACUACCUUGUGCCCGGCGUCACACAAAAAUCUAUCUUGCACGAUUAGGAAAGAUAUCCAGUGUGAGACAGGUUGAGAUGACAUAAUGAAUAAGUAUUUCCUCUUGUGUAAAAAUUGGUAUCGCAUAGACCUUUCUGAAGCUGCGAUGCAGCUAGACCCUGCAUGAUUCCAGACACCGCGGGGCAAGCAACACCUGCAUGACGAAUCGGUCUGCAUCUUUCCAGACCUCCCAGACGAAUUGGCAUUUGAUAGGCCCGGCAGUGGGACGUUUUCGCGGUGGAGCACAGGUACCCGUGUGCCCGGGCUCAUUUGCUGGUGUUUCCGAAAACGCGGUUGGAAGACCUGCUGCAGUGCCAGCGAAAGGACCUCCCGCUGUUGCGAAAGCUGUUUGAGACGGGCGUGAAGCACUUGAGGGAGGUGUACAACGUGGAACGCAACUUCAUUUGCGGUUUUUCCUACCCCUCUGAGUACCAGCAGCUGGCGCUCCACGUGAUCGCGCCGCCGAUCCGGAACUUCCGGCUGUUUCGCACCAGCAACUGGUUCUUCUACCGGGAUGCCUACGCCGAAAUCGCGCGGACGGGUCGCAUCACGAAGAAGCCAGACCCCCAGGCCACGAAUAUCGAUGCAACGGUCGAGCGGAUAGACGCAGCGGUGCGACGAGGAGGAGGAGGGGAGCACGAUGGCCGCCUUGAAACGACACGGAGAUGCGAAAGUAGCGACACACGGCAGUGGGGCAGAAGUGCGGAAAAAUGCACCCCCGAAGGCUCUAGCAGCGGACAGCUGCUGAAACACACGGGUUGACUCGGGCCAGUGUGCUGAUCAGGGGAAGUAGACGCCUCGUCCGCACCAAGUCGGGGCUGUUCAAUACCGUCGGAAGUGCGAAGACGCGCGCUGCUGGGUCAUAGCCGACGCACCGGGUUGUACUUUGCACCGCACACAUAACGAAAUUUAGAAGAGAUGAUCACCUUGCAGCUUCAGUAGAACUAGUUGGAUCUGCGUCUGUUGAGCUUUUUUGUUUCUCCAAGGUGGUCAAAUGCAUAACAGGGUAUAUUUCGAUUUUCGGCUCUCGUGCGAAAUAUUGUCGUCGCGAAAGUGAACUGCAUCUCCUGCGAUGUGACGCGGAUGAUACGACUGCAUUCGUCUUGUCAUAAGUAAUGUUCGCAGUCGUUGCAGCUUGUAAAGGGCUCGCACCACCUUCGG